AUGGACCCAUCACUCGACAUCCCUGCCGAAUCCUCUUGCACGACAUGCACUUUCUCCGAAGACUUCUCAGACUACUGGACACCAGCCAUGUACUUUCGAGCCCGCAACGGGACCUUCAAGCGCGUUCCACAGAUGGCCAACCAGGGAUUCAACGGCGCCAACGGCGGCAUGACCGUCUACUACGUGACACCCGACGACACAAGUGUCAACAUUACAGCAUUCGCUCCAGGCUUCCGCAUGGUCGUGGGAGACCCUGCCAGCCGUAAGCAGGGUUUCGGCGGCGGGAUGAACUCGUAUCGUUGCUACACCGGCAAAAACUUCGAGCCGAAUCCUUUUGGGGUAUCCGACAACGAUACAUCUACAUUCCCUGCUGGUUACUGCGCUGGUGGCGUGAGAGUAGCCAUCUUCUUCCCAACCUGCUGGGAUGGAGUCAACCUCGACAGCGCCGACCACAAGUCCCACGUCACGUUUGGCUACAACGGAUGCCCAUCCUCGCACCCAGUCCGCCUUCCACAGGUCUUCUUCGAGACGGUCUGGGACACCGGCGUGUUUCCGCAGUCCGAGUGGCCCGAGGACGGCAGCCAGCCGUUCGUGUGGGCCCAGGGGGACCCGACCGGGUACGGGCACCACGCCGACUACCUCUUUGGGUGGAAGGGUGACUCACUGCAGCGCGCCAUGGACGCGCGGUGUGACUUUACGGGUUGCACGGAGCUCCAGACACAGGGAUUUUCGGUGGGGAACAAGUGUACCCAGGAGCCUAUUGUUACCGAGUCCGUCGACGGUUGGCUGGAAACUCUGCCUGGAAACUUGACGGUGAGUUAG